GCAUUCCCUCUCAGACAAUCAUGGCGUCCAUCCUUUCCUCUUCGCGCGGCGCUUGCUUCCGCUCGUCUGGCUCUCUUCCCGCUAUGCGCUCGAUGCCCGGGAGGCCCAUCUCGUCGACCAACGCCCACUACCAGAAGGCGGGGACGGAGCGCAGGCUCCCGCCCUCCCUGCCGGACUCUAUCCGUCCGGGACCCGCCCACCACGCCGGCGUGGAGAAGAAGAGCUCCCCCGUUGGCGAGGCGUCGAGGUAUUCGACGCAGGCGACACAAUCCGCCAGCAAGCCCGCGAGCGCAGCUGACGCCGGUAAGGCCGGUACCGUGACCGCUGGCUCGGCUGUGCCGAAGAGAGGCUGAGGCAAAAUGGUGACCAACGUCUGAAAGUGGUCUGUGAUCAAGCGGCCCAGCGACAUAUGCUCGCCGCCAAAUUUCUCGUUCUCAGUCGAAGUGUUUUGUGGAUCCUAUGUACAGCUUUGGUCUGUGUUCUUCAUCGGUUUUGUUGUGUUGGGUCGUGGUGGGCGUAGGGGCUGCAGCAUACGCCUGCCUUUGCUACAUCUGUUGUUUGCCGUCGGGACAGUACACGGCGGGUCCAAUUCCUGUACGCACAUAGUUUGUACAUGCACACAUGCAAUUGUAUGGCGCUGUCAUAGCGUUUUGCUACAAA